AUGGGGGUCGUUGGCCGGCACGUAUUUGCUAUUGAAGACACGGAUGCUAUACCUCCAGCACUCAAGCGUGUCUACAUCAGCUAUGUGAUCAUCAUCAUUGGUUGUGUGGCAAGCAAGACGUCUUUUGCAUUUACCAUGAUGCGUAUUGUAACUAAGACAUGGAUGAAAGCGUUGCUGUGGGUUAUUAUCGUCACCAUGAACGCUAUCAUGUGGCUCUGCGCUAUCUGUUACUUGGCUCAAUGUCAACCUGCUGCUGCCCUGUGGGAUGCUAGUCUCUUGGCUACAGCAAAGUGCUGGCCGACCAACGUCUUUGAGACCAUUGCUCUUGUCGCGGGUGCAUAUUCGGGAUGUAUGGAUUUCAUACUCGCUCUGCUCCCCUGGGUUGUUCUUUGGGGACUUGAGAUGAAGAAGCGAGAGAAAAUCGGUAUUGCUCUAGCUAUGAGCAUGGGUAUUGUUGCUUCCGUUGCCGCGUUUAUCAAAACCUCCAAGCUUGUGAAUGUUUCCCAAGUCCAAGAUUUUACUUGGUAUUGCUCCAGUAUCACUAUUUGGGCCGCUGCCGAAACCGGUCUUACCAUCAUCGCCGCCUCGAUUCCCUCCCUUCGUAUCCUGUUCGUACGCAUCCGAUCCAGCUAUGACCACACUGAUGAACCAAGCACGGGCACCUAUGGUGGAGAAACAAUCACUAUGAACGGCCGUGGGGAUGAUGGGAGUAUUUUUGACGAGUCUGGAAUCAAGACAACGGAAGAAGUCACAAUUCACCGAGACGUGAGUCAGGAUAGAGAUGUUUAG